AUGGCGCGGAUCCUGUGCGUUGCGGAGAAACCGUCGAUAGCUAAGGCUGUAGCCAACCAUCUCGGCGGCCAGCCUCGAGCAGAAAAUGUUCGCGGCAUACAAUGGGUCAAGAACUAUAAAUUCGACUACAACUUCCAGCGAUGGGGCCAAUCUUCGGUCACCUUCACUUGCGUGGCGGGGCACAUCCAAGCCCAAGAUUUUCAGGAACGAUAUCGAAAAUGGCAUUCAUGUCCACCAUCGGAUCUAUUCGACGCGCCAAUCGUUACCCAGAUUGCAGAAGACAAGAAAGCUGUCGCAAGCAACAUCGAAGCUCAGGCUAGAUAUAAUGAUAUUCUUUUCAUCUGGACCGAUUGCGACAGGGAGGGAGAGCACAUCGGAACUGAGAUUCGAGACAUUGCACUGAAAGCAAACCCCAACAUGCAAGUGUGGCGGGCGAGAUUCAGCAACAUAGAGAGAGCGCACAUCAUCCAAGCUGCUCGGACGCCGAUCCAGCUGGAUGAAGCUCAAGCAAACGCAGUUGCGGCACGAAUCGAGCUUGAUCUCCGUCUAGGCGCAGCCUUCACCCGUAUGCAAACGUUGUCGCUACAGCAGAUGCUUCCUCAGCAAGGCGAGCAGAAGAAGCUGAUCAGUUAUGGAUCGUGUCAGUUUCCCACCCUUGGUUUCGUCGUCGACAGAUAUCUUCGUGUACGCAACUUUGUUCCGGAGCCUUUCUGGUAUAUCAGAGUCAGUCAUGAAAAAGAUAGUAUCAAUGUCAAGUUCUCUUGGCGAAGAGGGCAUCUUUUCGACAGGAUGGCGGUCAUCAUCAUAUACGAGAGAUGCUUGCUCUCAAAGCACGCCAAAGUCACCAAGACGCAGAAGAAGCCAACGAAAAAGUGGAAGCCGCUGCCUCUCACCACAGUCGAACUUCAAAAGAUGGGCAGUAGGUUCCUCCGUAUGACCUCUCAGGAGGUUAUGAAGAUUGCCGAGGACUUGUACACCAAGGGUUGGAUCAGCUACCCACGUACCGAGACGGACCAAUUCGACAAGGAUAUGGACCUGCGAAGAAUCAUCCAGAGACAAGAGCAGGACAACCGGUGGGGCGCGUUCGCUACAGGCCUGAUGAAUGGCGGAUUCAACCAACCUCGCAACGGCCGCAACAACGACAAAGCGCACCCUCCGAUCCACCCGGUGAACUACGUUGCCCCAACCCAACUAAACGACAACGAGAAACGCGUGUACGAAUUUGUCGUGCGCCGCUUUCUCGCUUGCUGUUCCGAAGACGCCGUGGGCGAAGCGACAGAUAUCGAGAUCGACUAUGGAGGUGAGACGUUCCAUGUCCACGGGCUUACUGUCAUUGAACGAAACUAUCUCGAUGUUUACCCAUACGACAAAUGGGAAAGCAGUCAGAAUCUGCCCCGAUACACCGUGGGCGAGACGUUUGAGCCGAAAGAGGCAACCAUGCACGAUGGACAGACAACAGCGCCGGGCUAUUUGACGGAACCCGAGCUCAUUGCGCUCAUGGAUGCCAACGGCAUUGGCACUGACGCGACCAUGGCCGAGCACAUUGCAAAGAUCAAGGAGCGCGAGUACGUUAUUGCGCGUCCCAAAGGAGGAGGUGGUGGGGGUGCAGGCCACCAAGGUGCUGGCGAGCGAGGUGGUGGCCGAGGGCGAGGGCGAGGGCGCGGCCGCGGCGGCAGAGGCGGCCGUGGAGGUGCAGCAGCUCAGAAUGGGGCAGGAGGUACUGGCGGAGUACAGGAAUUCAUUCCGACGACGUUGGGAGUCGCACUCAUUGAGGGAUAUGACAACGUGGGGUUCGAGACCAGCCUCAGCAAGCCAUUCCUACGCAAGGAGAUGGAGGUUCAGAUGAAAGCAAUCUGCGAGGGCCGCAGCACACGCAACGAUGUGGUGCAGCAGAAUCUGGAGCAGUACAGAGCCGUGUUCCUCCGCACACAGCAGCAGAUCAACGUGCUAAAAGAUGCCAUACGGAAAUAUGUUGGCGGCGCCAAUCACGGUUGAGCAGGCUUGCACGCAUACGAAUAAUUGCGCAAUUGCAUAUUGUUGCGCUGGGAC